CUUUCCACACAAGGGGAUAGGGAUACACGUGUUCUACGAACUAUGAGAAGAAUGGGACCUGCUGUGUUUAAUGGCGGUAUCUCUACUCUACUUGCAUUCAUUCUUCUCGCAACAUCUUCUAGUUACGUUUUCCUCUCCUUCUUCAAGAUAUUCUUCCUUAUUUGUAUAUUUGGUUUAUUUCAUGGUCUCAUCUCUCUACCAGUCAUCCUCUCUCUAGUCGGACCUAUCAAUCAGGGACGGAGAAGGGAGAAGGUAGAUACAGGAUCAGAGUUCCAGGAUACUCAACACUGAAGAUACUUAUCCGCAAAUCUGGAAGAAACGGGUUCAAAAUAAUCUAGUCUUGUGAUCCUUUUCAAAGAAUUAAAGAUACAAUUCAAAGGGA